CGGUGGUUGUCUUUGCUGUAAUCUUUGCACUGGGUAUAUGCUAGGCGGGGCACAGGUUUCAAAAGCCUGUAGUCACUAUCUUCAACAUGGCUCCUCCCGUUCGUCGUCAGCGGAAGCAAAAGGCACGGGCCCGGGAGGAAAAAGAGAAAGGGCAAACGGCCGCUCAGCAGACCAACCAAGAAGUCAUCAUACCACUGAGCAAAGCCGAACGGGAAGAAAAGAAGCGGAAACUCCGGGAAGAACUACGAGCGCAACAGCCGAAGGUGUCGAGCAAAAAGCAGAAACGGUUGGACAAAUACAUUGAAAACAAGUUGAAAAAGGAUGAGACCCUGGAUCUUCUGCGGAAACUCGAGCAGGAGAAAGAGAAAUACGAUGCUGCCGCUAUCGCUACUCUUCAAAGUACGAAGAAUCUGGGGAAACGGAAGUUUGGGGACUUCGUGAAUGGGGAUGGGCCUGGCCACGCGGAGAACAAGAACGCACGCAAAGGGCGACAGGAAGAAGAUGGCUCGGACCUUGAAAGUGAGGACUCGUUCGAAGCAGAAAACCCGGCGUCUUUUGAGCCAGGAGAAAAGGAACCGGUGGUGAAAGCGCCAACCACCACUCCUACAGCGCUAGGGAGCGGUCUUGCGCAACCACUGGCGCUUGAUGAAAAUGGGCUUCCUAUAAUUCAGUCUCGCAAAAGCAAGAAGCGGAAGAAGGCCACCGUGAUUCAAGAUCCGCUUGAAUUGCCUUGGGAGGGCUUUGAUUCUGAGCCGAGUGAUCUGGAGGAGGACAGUGAAGAUGAAGAAGAAGACGACGAAGACGAAGAUGCAGAAAGUUCUGACGAGGACGUGUCAGGGUCCGAUUCAUCCGAUGCUGAAGAAUCCGAAGAUGAAUCUGAUGCCGACAGCGACGAGGAGUCCGACACAAGCGCCUCUGAAGGAUCUGACAAAGAGAAACUCAAGCCGCGAAGAUCAGCUUUCAAGGCCUGGGCAACACAGCAGCUGAACCAGGCUGUUGGACACGUUCCAUCGUACACAACAGGCGAGGGACAAUUGCCGCCCAAACCCACUCCGCGCGCCCCAGAGCCCAACCCUACGCCGACCGAUAAGCUCACUGUACCGGAGACACCCAGAGAAACUGCACCAAAUCGAAAAGCUUUUGCUGUACAUGUUGACCGGCCAGAAGAAAUUCAAGAGUCCAGGUCUGCACUGCCGAUCCUGCAACGCGAGCAAGAAAUCAUGGAGGCCAUCUACAACAACCCCGUGGUGGUGAUCAAGGGUGAUACGGGAAGUGGCAAGACGACCCAAAUCCCCCAAUUUCUGUUCGAAGCCGGCUACGGAUAUCCAGACGGUCCGACCCCGGGUCUGAUCGGAGUCACGCAGCCCCGUCGUGUGGCCGCUGUGAGCAUGGCCAAACGAGUUGCAACAGAACUAGGACAGUACGGGGAUCGAGUGUCCUACCAAAUCAGAUUUGACAGCACAGUGUCGCCCUCCACCGCUGUCAAGUUCAUGACCGAUGGUAUUCUACUGCGAGAACUAUCACAGGACUUACUCCUAAGGAAGUAUUCUGCAAUCGUCAUUGAUGAGGCGCAUGAAAGGAGUGUCAACACCGACAUCCUGAUCGGAAUGCUGAGCAAGAUCGUGCCGGCGCGAAUGCAGAAGAGUCAAUUCAACCCGAAUCCGACGCCCCUGAAGCUGAUUAUCAUGUCGGCCACUCUCAACAUCGGCAACUUUCUCCAUGAUAAACUCUUCACCCCGUCGUUGAGACCGCCGAUCGUCGAGGCCGAAGGACGCCAGCACCGCGUCACCACGCAUUUUGCUCUGCGAUCCAGAGGGGAUUAUGUGGAUGAAGUCAUUGAAAAGGUCAGACGAGCGCACCGGAAGCUUCCUAGAGGCGGCAUUCUGGUCUUUCUCACCGGCCAGAACGAGAUCCGACAGGUCGCCAGUCGACUGCGAGAGCUGCUCGCACCACGCAACAAACCAGACAAGAAAGUAGCAGCGACGCCACGCGUGCAGAUUGCGGCAAACGAAGCGCCUCUGGAAGCGGAGGACUGGGAGAUCGGCGAGCUGAAAGUGACGAAUAACGGGCAAGACGACUUUGACCUUGAGAUUCUCACCCAUUCAGAGGACGAAGCCGAGGAAGCCGAAUUCGACAUUUCCGACGAUGACGAAGAAAAUGAGCCAGGAGAAAACGGAUCUCACCUGACAACCGCACAGAGAGCCACAUCUUCAACACAGGGGAAAGAAAAGGAACCGUAUACAUCAGUUCACAUUCUUCCGCUAUAUUCGCAACUCCCCACGAGCGAACAACUGAAGGUGUUUGAGCCACCGCCAGCCGGGUCACGACUGAUUGUACUGGCCACCAACGUCGCAGAGACUAGUUUGACGAUACCGGGGAUUCGGUACGUGUUCGACACAGGACGGAGCAAGGAGCGCAAAUACAACCUGGACACGGGGGUGCAGAGUUUCGAAAUCGACUACAUCAGCAAAGCCAGUGCGCAACAGCGAGCGGGCCGAGCAGGACGAACAGGGCCAGGGCAUUGCUGGCGGCUGUACACGUCGGCGGUAUACGAGCAGUACUUUCCAGAGCAUGCGGAACCCGAAAUCCUACGAGCGCCAGCGGAAAGCGUGGUGCUGCAGCUCAAGGGAUUCGAGUACCCACGGCCCGUGGCGCAAUUCCCCUUUCCAACACCGCCGGCCGCAGUGUCCCUGAACAAGGCCGAAGCGCUUCUGAAGAAUCUGGGCGCGCUCACAUCCACCGGCAGCAUUACCGAGCUGGGCACCCAACUGGCAAGCUACCCGCUGUCGCCACGGUUGGGCAAGAUCCUCGCGGCGGGUAUCAACAAUCCAGACCUGAUCUGGCAGGUUCUGGCACUGGUGUCGGGUCUAGCCGUGUCGGAAAUCUAUAUCUCUGAAGCGCAGCUCGACCUCCUGGACCCGGAAGUUUCCGCCGACGCAGAGAGAACGCAGGACGAAGUCUACACGCGACAACAGCAACAAGAAGACGACGAGCGCGACCGCCUACGACAAGAAUACGGCCGCGUCCGCGCCACGCUCACACGUCUCGACAAGACAUCAGAUGCCAUGAAACUCCUCACCGCCGUGACAAUGUACUUGGACGCCACAACAUCCAAAAGCAACAGCGAAGAAGACCGACGCAAAUUCUGCCGGGACUUCUUCCUGCGCUCCAAAGCCAUGGCCGAAGUCUCACAACUGCGCAGCCAACUUGAGGGUCUCGUACGGGCGAACCACCGCGCAACAAUCACCAGCGAAACACUCGCCAAGUCGCAUUCAUUGUCAUUGGGGUCCAACAAACUCCCAGCCAACAAAAUCAAACAGCUCAACGCCAUCGUGGCCAGCGGAUACAUCGACCAAGUGGCGAUCCGGUACGACCGGGCGCCAGCCGCGCCCGCAGACAUCGCCAAACCACGCAGGGCCAUCGACGUCCCUUAUCUUCCUUUGGUCCCGCUGCACGACGACCCGCAUGCCCCGACCGCCCUGAAAGCAGUUUACAUCCACCCGUCGUCCGUGCUGGCUCGGCUGUCUGUCAAGGAGAUGCCAGAGUACAUUGUGUACAGCCAUCUUCAACGAUCGCAGGCGCACAGUGUCGCUGAGAGCGAUGCCGCUGCCGCGCUGGGCGGGAGACAUGCCGCGAUGGCGACGGCGGUCAAAAUCCCAAAGACUCGAAUGUUCCCAUUGACGCCGCUCGACGGUGCCCAACUCGUCCAAUUGGCCCGCGAUACUGCCCUUAUUGAAUACGGCAAACCUGUCCCGCGAUCGAAGGUCGAGGAAAUCCCUGGUUCUGGUUCUGGCUCUGGUUCUGGCUCUGGUUCUGGCUCUUCUCCCAAGCGUAGAGAGUGUUGGGUCAUCCCGGAGUUGAGAGGCGCAAAGUCAGGAGCGCUGGGCUGGCCACUGCCGCCCGUCAAGGUCAGGCAGGUCCUCGAUGUCAAGAGCAAGUCUGGUUGGAGGGUGGAAAAGGUGUUGAGCUGAGUUAGCAUAGUAUAGUAGUAGCCACCUACCUAGGUAGUUGCUGGCCUACGCAUAUUGGAGCGUCCUACAACUACAUGAUGUACCACCACUUCUCGUGGCACUGUCAGUUGGACAUAACUUUUCCUUUCAAGCCUCAACAAUGGUCGACAGUUGAUGCCUGCCUUGUGCCUUUUACCUAGUGGGUAAACAUAUCUGUAUUUGCGCCUGCACCGGCCACCACCUAUUACUGCUAGGUACUUAUUAAUCAAGAAGAGCAAAGCAUGAAGACCUGGCCCAAACCGAACCAGGUUUGUCACAGCUAUCCUUCCCUUAUGGUAGGGACAGAACCAGGACAACAAUUUUGACCAAUUUUGAACAAGUCG